UCAUACGUCUGCGCCACGUCCACCUUCUGACAUUUUCAAUGACAGCUUGCACACAUUUCUGUAACGUUAGGUUUCUGUGAUAACCACAAACUGUCUAUGAUGCAAAGAGCCGCACACACAGCUUUACAUGAGUGGUCGAAUAUCGUCCGCCCAGCGAUGGUCCGCCAGUGUUUACAGUGCAGAGUGCCCGUGCUGCACCUGAGCUCACGCGCUUACAGUGUGGUCCCGCCCCCACGCGACAGUGAGGAGAAGGCGAUGUUGGACCGGAUGCUGCGCGUGGACCAUGCGGGUGAAUACGGGGCCAACCGCAUCUAUGCCGGCCAGAUGGCAGUGUUGGGUCGAUCUAGGACUGGACCUCUCAUCCAGGAAAUGUGGGAUCAAGAAAAGAAACACCUUGAGAAAUUCAAUGAAAUUCUGUCUGAGAACAGAGUUCGUCCCACCGCACUGUUACCCCUCUGGAACAUUGCUGGGUUUGUAUUAGGUGCAUCCAGCGCACUGCUGGGAAAGGAGGGGGCCAUGGCCUGCACCGUGGCAGUGGAGGAGAGCAUUUCAGAACACUACAACAGCCAGAUAAGAACUCUGAUGGAGAAGGACCCCGAGAGAUACACUGAACUGUUACAAGUUAUCAAGGAAUUCAGAGAUGAUGAGUUGGAGCACCAUGACACAGGAUUGGAGCAUGAUGCUGAAACAGUACCUGGAUACUGGUUCCUAAAAAAUGCAAUACAGCUAGGCUGCAAAGCUGCAAUAUAUGUUUCUGAACGUGUCUAACAUUGUAUUUAGAAUAAUUAAAUAAUUGAUAUGAUGACUCAGUUUGUAUAAACAAAUUCAUUUGAAUUUGAAUGUCAGUUCAUAUUCUGCUCGCCUGUAACUUAAGCACCUUUUGAUGCAACACUUUGUUUUACUAUUUCAAGAUUAAAAGUAUUGUAUACAAACGUUCACAGUUAUCUUACAAACUUCACUGUUUUGUACAGUCUAUAAAUAAUGGAUAACUGUCUAAGCAGGUGGAGGUAACCAUUCCUGAAUUAAAUAGCAGAUCUCUA